AUGCAUGCGGCAAGACGUCUUCAUUCUUCCAAUUCUUGCAUACGUUCAACUGACUUCACAAUCCAGAAUUCCACGACAAGGGGUUCAAACAUAGCCCCUCAACACAGGAUUCUGUUCAUAUCUAUCUCUAUCUAUUCAUAUCUAUCUAUCUGUCUAUCUAUCUCAAUCUGUUCGUAUCUAUCUAUCUGUCUAUCUCAAUCUGUUCAUAUCUAUCUAUCUGUCUAUCUCCUCAAUCUGUUCAUAUCUAUCUAUCUAUCUAUCUAUCAAUCUCAGUCUGUUCAUUAUCUAACUCGGUCUAUUCAUAUCUAUCUUUCUAUCUCAUUCUGUUCAUAUCUAUCUAUAUACCUAUCUAUGUUCAUAUCUAUCUAUCUCUGCCUGUUUAUCUAUUUACCUAUCUCAGUCUGUUAUUCUAUCUAUCUAUCUAUCUAUCUAUCUCAGUCUGUUCAUUAUCUAAGUUGGUCUAUUUAUAUCUAUCUAUCUCAGUCUGUUCAUAUCUAUCUAUCUAUCUGUCUGUUUAGAUCUAUUUACCUAUCUCAGUCUGUUAUUCUAUCUAUCUAUCUAUCUAUCUAUCUCAUCUGUUAUUCUAUCUAUCUAUCUAUCUAUCUAUCUCAGUCUGUUCAUUAUCUAAGUUGGUCUAUUUAUAUCUAUCUAUCUCAGUCUGUUCAUAUCUAUCUAUCUAUCUGUCUGUUUAGAUCUAUUUACCUAUCUCAGUCUGUUAUUCUAUCUAUCUAUCUAUCUAUCUAUCUAUCUCAGUCUGUUCAUUAUCUAAGUUGGUCUAUUUAUAUCUAUCUAUCUCAGUCUGUUCAUAUCUAUCUAUCUAUCUGUCUGUUUAGAUCUAUUUACCUAUCUCAGUCUGUUAUUCUAUCUAUCUAUCUAUCUAUCUAUUCUGUUCAUAUCUAUCUAUCUAUCUGUCUGUUUAGAUCUAUUUACCUAUCUCAGUCUGUUAUUCUAUCUAUCUAUCUAUCUAUCUAUGUCAGUCUUCUGUUCAUAUCUAUCUAUCUAUCUGUCUGUUUAGAUCUAUUUACCUAUCUCAGUCUGUUAUUCUAUCUAUCUAUCUAUCUAUCUAUGUCAGUCUGUUCAUUAUCUAAGUUGGUCUAUUUAUAUCUAUCUAUCUCAGUCUGUUCAUAUCUAUCUAUCUAUCUAUCUAUCUAUAUCUGUUCCUAUCUGUCUAUGUUUAUUUCUAUCUAUCCCUACCUGUUUGUAUUUGCCCAUUGGCAAUUAUUUCGUUUACCAUACUCACAAUUCUCUGAUUAG